CUUCGUACAGUCCUACUUAUACGAAUUAUUCAAGUAUUUCGAAUGCAUGUACAUCGCCAUGCACUCCAGGCUGAGGGAAUAGCCGGUGAUGGCCCACUGCCGUCCAUCCGGUGACAAACCCGUCGUCCAUGCAGCGACACUGACGCCUCAUGAGACUGCUCAGCCACUUUUUGGUUUGUGUUGAGCGUGUUCGCGAAGUGGCGGGCCUUGAAUCGGAAACGGUAUCGUUUCAUGUCAAGCCUGCAUUCUCCCAUUGGUCGCAAGGUCGCCUUUGGGAUGGCACAACACCACUUGCUGAUCCGAGCGUUCAUUGUAAGGCUCGAUAAUCCACCACAUAUUUACUAAUUCAAGAACCUAGACUAUUACGUACCGCCUUUCGAGACAAAUCUCCCGCAAAACUUGAAAACGAGGACCCUUCCCAGAUCGGCUGCCUCCAAAGGAUGGUCGUGCCUUCGGGAACAUACUCAUUUUUCCUACAUUUAUAAUCCUUGCGGUGCCAAUUCGCCGUAUGGCUCUCGAUACCUCGACUCCGGCCCGAUUGGACUGAUUCUACUCUCGAUGCGACUCAUCGUUCUCUCCGCCUUUGCGGCGGCAGCCGCCCUGGCUGCUCCCAGCUCCGACGUGUGGACUCGCAAGGACGGAGACUCUCUCGAUGGAGUCCGCUGGGCGCCCCUGACGUGGGAUGCCCAGGCAUUCCCUAAUGGCCCCAGGUUGACCCUCAGAGGGACGGUGCAGGAGGUGUACGACCAGCUGCUGGCUGUCAACCCAGACUGGGAUACCGACUUCGCGCUAAACGCAACAUCAGAGUCGCCAACAAAUGAGAAACGCGACGGCACCUUCGCUGGCGCCGUAGUCAUUUGCAACGAGUCGAAAUAUGGGGUACCACCAUACAAGACUGUUGUUAACGCCAUGAACAAAUUCAACAACCGGGCUGGACCGGGGCCCAUUCUGCCGCCCGGCCCCAAUGUCUGCAGCGACGUCUAUUACGACAGUGAGAUGACUGUAGUGGUCUGCAAUAAUCAAUCGGUUGAAAAGAAGCUCGAGUCGUAUUCUGAGGUCACGUCCGGCCUGCAAGCUAUACGCGCGUACUGCCUCAAGCUUGUGAUGAUGGAGCCCUACUUUCUGGGAGGCGAAGCUUUUAACUCGGCUAACUGGAGCAUCACCUUGAAGAGGACUGGGUACGUGCAGACGGAGGGCUUUUCGAGACCAGCGUCUCAAUUUGGCGGAUGAUAUGCUCGAGGGUAAAUGGGUGGAUUAUAUUGUCCCAUUAUUCGCCACUGGCUCCUGACCAACCGUUUGAACCGCCCCGUGCUUAUAGGUUGUCGACAAGUCGACAACGGCCAUGACAGGCUGCUACUCGCGUCAUCAAAGGCGCCGAAGGUUGUGCCACUACGGAUUGAUGAUUCAUUGUAUAUACUUGUUCACCUUUACGAAGUAUUUAAUGGCAG